AUGCAGCAGCGACACUAUCUCAUGCAGCAGAGUCUUAGUACGGGUACGAAAUUUGGCAGCAUUUGGCAAUCGCUUCUCUUUACUAAAUGUGUUUCGCCGAGUGAUCUUCAAAAACUGUGGCAUGACCUGACGAUGGGCGCUUCGCUGUCGCCACAAGAGUUGAAGGCGGUGACGUGUCUGAAUGGCCUUUUCGAUUCGUCAGACACGGUGGUUGGUCAGCGCUUGCUGAACGGUAUUCCAGACCUAUCGUUAUCCGCGGCAGCGGCAUCCCAGCAGCAGCAGCCGUUACUUCAUCCGUUGUUUCAACACGGUGUGUGUCUGUGGCCAUCGUGCGAGAAGCCGUGCAGCAACUACCUGGCCUUCAUCCAGCACCUGAACUCGGCGCACACGUUGGACGAUCGCAGUACUGCUCAGUGUCGGGUUCAAAUGCAGGUAGUCGAUCAGUUGGAGACUCAGUUGAACAAAGAGCGACAGCGGUUGCAGGCUAUGAUGCACCAUCUGCAGAUGAAGCAAUCUCCUGACACCACUACUCCAACCAAUGGUUUUCCAGCUCAAGAGGCGGUAAGCGAGCAAAAACAGGUCAGUACUAGCUCUCCGAACGGACAGGUGUCGACUCCGUUGCCGCAGUCACAGUCCAGCUUGAGGAACAUCCUGUCGUCGCCUGCGGUUGUGUCUGGUGCCGCCGCGAAUUCGGCGGCCAGUAGCACCAGCGAUAUGUCCCUGUCACGUUGCCAAUUGACGUCCACGCCUACCAGCUUCACGUUUACGCCACCAAACUCUACGGUGUCCGUUCGCAGAAGAGUGUCCGACAAAAGCAUGCUAUCAAUCGCCGCCGACAUCACUCGAAACCGUGAGUUCUAUGGCAGUCACGACGUCAGGCCUCCAUACACGUACGCUUCGCUGAUACGUCAGGCUAUAAUGGAGUCGAAGGAGAAGCAGCUAACCCUGAAUGAAAUUUAUAACUGGUUUCAGGACACAUUCGCGUACUUUCGCCGAAAUGCAGCUACUUGGAAGAAUGCGGUUCGUCACAACCUGAGUCUACACAAAUGUUUUACACGGGUGGAAAACGUGAAAGGUGCCGUCUGGACUGUCGAUGAGCUUGAAUUUUACAAGCGUCGACCUCAGCGCUUGUCGCAUGGUGACUCAUCGUUCGAUUUGGAUAAAGUUAAACAGGAGAAACAAGUGAAGAUGGAGAUUUCAGGACAGUGUGACGAAACGAACAGUGACGAAAUGGCGCCAUCGGAAACCAGAUUUUCUUUCUCGACAGAACCGUCAGCAGAAUACCAGGAAAUGCAUACUGAUUGA